GUAGUUUUUAUGAUCUGGAAUGCCAUUAAUGACCCUCUCUUUGGGUAUAUUCAAGACAACUCCAAAGUCCCAUGCUGCUCAAGACGUCAGUUUUCAAUUUUAUAUGGAGCACCAUUGUAUGGUUUAGCUUUUCUGCUUCCCUGGUUUCCUUGGAAACAUUAUGAGGAAGGUGACUGGCUUAAUGGUCUUCACCUUAUUGUUGCUUUAUGUGCUUUUGAUGGCUUGCUUACAUUUGUGUUACUAGCACAAUGUGCGCUCUUUGCAGAGAUUUCAACUAGACAUGAAAGUAGACUUCAGCUUAUUAAAUAUAACCAAGUGGCAACAUUAAUUGGAUCAACCAGCAUUCUUUUUUGUGGUCUAAUAUCAGAUAAUAUGGAAAAUUUUGCCUAUUUUCAAAUCUUUACUGUUUUGGUUGCAGCACUAGCAACUGCUUGUAUGUGUUACACUGGCAUAUAUAGCACAAGUCAGUAUGAACAGAGAGAAACUGCUGUGGAGAACACUAGCUUAGAAAAUAAUGAUAAAGCUCUCUCCUGGUCCUCUGUAAUUUCAUUGACCAAACAGAUAAUGACGCAGAAAAACUUUAUACUUUUUGUGACCAUGAACUUCUUUCAAGUCUUCCACCUAGCCUUCUGCAACAAUUUCAUGAUGAUCUUUGCAGAUAAUCUCAUCCCUAAGGAUGUCCUUUCCUCUUUUAUAAGAAGCAUCAUGUAUGGGGCUGGCUUUAUUUGUCCUCAG